GUGACUUCUUGUUGAUUCAGCAGCUUGACGUCAUCUAAUUUGUUGGUAGCUACUACACAACUUUACUUUACGCCGAGCCUCGGGGUAGAAAUGUUAUAGUUGUAGGUUUAUAUAACAUUAGAUUCGUCUCGGAGCAGGCAGUAUGGCUAAAGAACAACAGCCUCACUGGUCGGAUGUUUUGAAGAGGAGGUUGGAUAACUCCAGAAAAGGAGAGAGGAGCGAGGAGGAGGUGAAGGCAGAGGAGACCGAGCUGUUCACUAAAUACUACACCGAGUGGAAAGGAGGAGGCGACAGAGACGAGUCCUACAAGAACAUCCCACGGUUUUACUACAGGCUGCCAGCAGAGGAUGAAGUAUUGCUUCAGAAGCUGAGAGAGGAAUCCAGAGCCGUCUUCCUCCAGAGGAAGAGCAGAGAACUGCUGGAUAAUGAAGAACUACAGAAUCUGUGGUUUCUGCUCGAUAAGCACCAGGUGCCUCCGGUGAGUGGGGAGGAGGCCAUGAUCAGCUAUGAAGCCUACCUGCAGGUCGGGGAGAAGGCCGGGCCAAAGUGCAAAAAAUUCUUCACAGCUAGAGUGUACGCCAAGCUGCUGCACAGCGACCCUUACGGCAGGAUCUCCAUCAUGCAGUUCUUUAACUACGUCAUGCGGAAAGUAUGGCUGCAUCAGACCCGGAUAGGCCUGAGUCUUUAUGAUGUAGCGGGGCAGGGCCACCUCAGAGAGUCGGAUCUGGAGAACUACAUCCUGGAGCUGAUCCCUACCCUCCCUCAGCUGGACGGCCUGGAGAAGUCCUUCUACUCUUUCUACGUCUGCACUGCCGUUCGCAAGUUCUUCUUCUUCCUCGAUCCCCUCCGAACAGGAAAGAUUAAAAUCCAGGAUAUAUUGGCCUGCAGUUUUCUGGACGACUUGUUAGAGCUGAGAGACGAGGAGCUGUCGAAAGAGAGUCAGGAGUCUAACUGGUUUUCAGCGCCCUCGGCUCUCCGAGUCUACGGCCAGUAUCUCAACCUGGACAAGGACCACAACGGCAUGUUGAGCAAAGAGGAGCUUUCACGCUACGGCACGGCAACGCUCACCUCAGUGUUCCUGGACAGAGUGUUUCAGGAGUGUCUCACCUAUGAUGGAGAAAUGGACUAUAAGACCUAUCUAGACUUUGUAUUGGCGUUGGAAAACAGGAAGGAGCCAGCAGCGUUGCAGUAUAUUUUUAAACUUUUGGACAUGGAGAAUCAAGGAUACCUCAAUGUCUUCUCCCUCAACUAUUUCUUCAGGGCCAUUCAGGAGCAGAUGAAACUCCACGGACAGGAGCCUGUCUCCUUCCAGGAUGUCAAGGAUGAGAUCUUUGACAUGGUGAAGCCUAAAGACCCCUAUAAGAUCACCCUCCAGGACCUGGUAAACAGUUGCCAAGGUGAUACAGUCACCAGCAUCCUGAUUGACCUCAACGGCUUCUGGACCUAUGAGAACAGAGAAGUGCUGGUCGCCAACGACAACGACAGCAGCAACACAGCUGACCUCGACGACACCUGAAGAUGAUUUGAAGACACUCCUGUCACCAAAGGGUCACAGUUUCAGUCCCAAACCUGAAAGCCAAGUGUCCCGUUGAACUGAAGUGACCUCAAAGGCUGACUCAGGCCCAUCUGGUUACUCUUGAGGAGAUGAAUAGAAGUGGAUGAAUGAGCUUAAUGGAAGGAGGAAAGCCAGACACGGUGCUUUGUGUGAAUAUUGUUCUCGGUUCCUGCCUGUUGCUUCCUGUAAAGAAGACUAAUAUACAUGUUUUUGUCACUGACCUUCUUAAAAUAAAUAUUUCCUAUCUGA